GUUCACCGGGGCAGAAGCCGUGGUGAUGGGCGACGUGACCUACGGGGCCUGCUGUGUGGAUGACUUCACCGCACGGGCCUUGGGAGCCGACUUCCUCGUCCACUACGGCCACAGCUGCCUGAUUCCCAUCGACUCCUCGCAGGGCCUGAAGAUGCUCUACGUGUUUGUGGACAUCAAGAUUGACACGGCCCACCUCAUCGAGACCCUCCGCUUCAACUUCCCGGUGGGGGCUAAAUUGGCGCUCGUUAGCACGGUCCAGUUUGUAUCUGCUCUGCAGGCUGCCUCCCGGGAGCUCCAGCCCGACUACAGCGUCUGGACCCCCCAGUGCAAGCCCCUUUCCCCAGGGGAGCUGCUGGGCUGCACAGCCCCCCGGCUGACCCAGGAGACGGACGCCAUCGUGUACGAUCCGUACAGCAAGGCCUUCUCCCGGGAGCUCUACGCCCACCAGCGCAUGCAGGAGUCGCGGAAGGCAGCCAUCCGCCAAGCGGCCGGUGCCCACAAGUGGGGCCUCAUCCUGGGCACCCUGGGGCGGCAGGGGUCUCCGGCCAUCCUGCAGCACCUGGAGUCGAGCCUGGAGGCAGCGGGGCGUCCCUACAUCCGGCUCCUCCUCUCUGAGAUCUUCCCCAGCAAAUUGCAGCUGUUUCCAGAUGUUGAGGCCUGGGUGCAGGUGGCGUGCCCCCGCCUCUCCAUCGACUGGGGGGUGGCCUUUGAAAAGCCGCUGCUGACGCCCUAUGAGGCUGCGGUGGCUCUGCAGCAGAUCAAAUGGCAGGAGAUCUACCCCAUGGACUUCUACGCCGGUCAGCCUCUGGGACCAUGGACGGUGAAUCACCCCAGCCACCGGCCCCAGAAAGCGGGCAGGACCAAAGAGGUGAACUUGGCCAAAUCCCUGCCACCACCUGGGAAAGGAGCCCUGAAGAGCUGCUCCUCCUGCCAGCAGGAGACGGAGGAGGAGAAGGAGGAGGCGCCAUCAAACCUCGGAGUGGAGCUGGGGACUCAAACUGGUCCCAGGCAGUGCGUGAAGGAGCAGCAGCAGCAGUAGGGGGCCAAGCUUUGGGGCAUCCUUUGGCUGAUUCCCCCAUCCCACCCCCACUGGGGAAAAGCAGUGCUUGCAAUCUCCAGAGAGGAGGGUGCUGCGUUCCCCUGCCAGCUCUUCGGGAGGCCUGGUUUUGCCUUUAGGGCUUCCUGCAACCACCGACUUUUGGGGUUCAGCAGCUGGAGAAUCAGAAGUGCCUUUGCUGGAGUAAUUAAAAAAACGGGGGCUUUGCCAGAGACACUGAAACUCAAUAUGGACUAAGCACCUGAAGCUGUGUGGCAAGGAAGUCCUGGCAGCGAUAAGCAGAAAGAGGGCACGUGUGUCCGGGGGUGGGUGGAGAGAAGGGGGGGGCACAAUCAGAGGGUAUCUGGGAGUGCAAGAAGUCUCCAUCCGUGCCUGUCGAUAUCAGAGGCAUCCCUGGCGUUUCUGCCUUCUGCUCCCUCUGCUUUUAUGGUGCAGUCCU